CCGUCACGUCCGGCCCCUCCUCUCCCGGUUCCGCCCCAGCCAUGGCGGCGCCCGGGUGCGUGUGGCUCGCGUUCGGGUUCAGCCCCGAGGAGGCGGCCGGGGAGCCGGGCCCGGGCCCGGGCCCGUGGCGGCUGGAGGCGGGCCCCGAGGGCAUCUCCCGCCUGUGGCCCGCCUGGAGCUACGUGGUCGUGGAGACCGGCGCGGGGCUGGAGGUGCGGAGCGCGGGGCAGCGGCGGGCGCUGCCGGGCUGGGCCGAGGCGCUGCCGUCCGAGACGCACCUGGUGCUCGGGGCGCGGCUGCCCGGCGGCUUCGCCACGCCGCGGCCGCCGUUCUUCACCGCGCUGCCCGCCGGCCUGCGCGCCCGCCGCCUGGUUCUGGGCACGGAGCACGCCCUGGCGCUGGGCGCCGCCGGCGAGGUCUUCACCUGGGGCGCUGGCAGGCACGGGCAGCUGGGCCACGGGCUGCUGGAGUCGGAGCUGCAGCCGCGGCUGGUGGAGGCGCUGGCCGGGGUGCCCAUGCGGGCGGUGGCGGCCGGCGGGUGGCAUUCGGCCAGCGUCAGCGAGGGAGGAGACCUGUACGUGUGGGGCUGGAACGAGUCGGGGCAGCUGGCUCUGCCCUCCAAAGCGCUGGCAGAGGAGCGAGCGCGAGCUGAGGACACGGGCACAGGGAGCACCGAGCUGACGGCCUGCCGGGAGCAGAUGGCUGCCCGGGAUGCUGCAUUCAUCUCCAUCCAGGCGUUCCCGGCGCUGCUGGAUCUGCCACAGGACCUGGAGGUCAGCAUGGUCAGCUGUGGCUCCCGACACACGGCCGCUGUCACGCGAGGCGGGGAGCUCUACACCUGGGGCUGGGGUAAAUACGGACAGCUGGGGCACGGGAACAACAUCAGCUCUGACCAGGCACGCCGCGUGGAGCAGCUGGUGGCGCGGGGGCUGCGGGUGGAGGAGGUGGUGUGUGGGCCCUGGACCACCUACGUACGGGUGCGGGAGCCCUGAGGGGCCGGCGCCGGGGGUGCUGCUGGAUGGGGAUGGGGACAGGCUCUGCCCGCAGCUCCGCUCCGUGCUGGGCCAGGGCAGGCAGGCCCUGCGGCACAGGAGGGGCUGGGUUUGGCCCGCAGUGACCUGGUUCACAGGCCGGCGUGGGGCUGCAGCUGCCUCAGGGCCGGGACACCCUGGGGUGGGCUGGAUGUGUUCAUUAAAUUCACUUUUCCACGAGG